AAAAAUGUCAAUUUUUGAAAUAAAAGAAUGGUGGGGAAAGAAGGUCGGAGAGGACGAGGAAUUCGAUACGAACAAUAUCUGUGUUGGAAAUGUUAAUAAUGCAACUGCAGGAGGCAACAAGAUUGUAGUCGGAAGUUUCCAAGGCUAUCUUAGAAUCUUUGAACCUCAGAAAGGAGAGUACAAAUCAUGGCAACUGUUAAUAGAGAAAAAUUUAGAAGAAGGUAUUUUGCAAGUCGGAUUAGGCAUCUAUGGAGAUUCAGGAGAGAUGUUGUUAGCAGUACUUCAUUCGAGAAUGCUUGUAAUUUAUGCAGUAGAGACUGUAGAGGAUACUACUCAGCUUUCACUUGUUUAUAGACAUGAACUUAGUCGUAAUUCUUUCAAUUUUACACAAGGAAUGUUCGGUAAAGCCAGAAAUGAGCUCAUCUGUGUCCAAAGUGUCGAUGGUCAGCUCACUAUUAUCAACAAAGACACUGUACAAAUCGAAAUUGUUCUUCCCGACUUCUACCUGCCUGGACCCUUGAUCUAUGCUAAACAGUCUGAUUCAUUCAUCGUUUCGAAUACAAACCUUGAGAUCGAGUGUUACAGAUACUCCACACUGAACAUGCAGGUUGAAGCCAGAGACAAACGAACCAUCAAAGCUGACUGGACGUGUAACAUCGGAGAGCAAGCGUUCCACAUGCACUACCACAAAAACAAGAACACUCGCAAGUACGACAUUAUUGUGGUUGGAACCCAGACUCUGUACAUUCUGACUGAAGGCGCUGGCAAGAUCCGAUACCAGCGGAGACUGGACUAUCCGCCUUCGUGCAUCAAGACCUACCACUUGAACAGUGCCAGCGAGAUCUACAGAGAUGAGAACAGAGAUGUUGACCAGAUUGCAGAGGGAGGAGCCAACUCACCUUGCUUUACAUUUUUGUUAGGGAGUUUUUCGAAUUAUAUACUUGUGUACAGAGACGUCCAGCUGGUCUGGACCUGCAAGACUUCUCACGCUCCCAUAUUCGUUGACAUCUCUGAAUUUGGAGGCACCGAAGGUCUGAUAGUCCAUUUCGCAGACAACGGAUGGCUCCAAAUCUCGUACUUAGGAACUGAACCUCCAAAGUUGAACUACAUUUUACCUGAAAGCAAGGAAAUGAAGUACGAAGAAAUGGAAGCAGAACACCAAAGGCUUUUAGGAAGGAUUCUGGCUAGUGAACAGGAUGAAAAGACAGAACCCGAUUAUGCAUUAUCUCUUGAUUAUGAACUAUCCAAAGUUGAGGAGGCAGAUGAAUAUAUUGAUGACCCGGAUAACAUCUAUGCAAAAGGAGACAGUGGAAGACCAGUCAGAAUUAAAUGCUCUAUCAUCCUAAAUUACGAUGGAGACGAAGUGAAAAACCUAAUGGUAAACGUUAACGUUCCAGAUCACUGUGAGGCAGAUAAGACUGUAUUUUCAUACAAAAUUCUUAAUUUUGGCGGCCAAAGAGAUUUUAAAGAGUCUUUCUAUAUCUAUGCUAGAAAUGAUUUCAAUCCUGUAUCUAAUGAAGUAGUUGUAUCUGCUUCUUACAUGUCACCUAGGAGCACUAGUGGGGUCGAUCUGAGGACUGCAUGCAAGAUAUUUGAACUUCCAAUGACUUUCAACUGCAGGAUUAUUAUCCCUAGCAACCUGAAGGAUCCUAAUAAGAUCACCAUCAUCACAGACAAGGAUGCUGCUCAGAUCAAUAGUUUCUUUGAAGAUGUGAUCGAGGAUCUUGGAGCACAUUCUAUAUGCACUACACCCAAUGUUAUGUCCUUCAUGUAUCACAACAACACCAUUGUGACAAUUCUAAUAUCUAAAAAUGCAGGAAAAUUUAGGGUCCAAAGUGCUUCAUUCGAUGCUCUUGGCUACAUAAUCCAUGAACUAAUCAAAAGAAUCAAUAUUCUGUACUCAAAUGAUGUGAAAGUUGACUUACAGGAUAGUAUCCCAUUACAUGAACUAUUUACUGCGAUUGAUGACCACUUCGAGCUUAGAGAGAAGAUCUUUAAGAGUAAAAAGAAGCUCGAAGAUAGAUCUUACCAGUUCAGAAUUGUAGAAAAGAGGUUGAUCAAUAGGUUCAAAGAUAAAUAACCCAACUCCUUUGAAUAACCUAGACUUUUUGCUGAACCAAACUUACCAGGAUAUGAUGAACAUUGCUAAUGAAAUUAUUGAAUACCAGAAGGACUUAAAGAAUGCUGCUCAUAACUUGUCAUCCAGAGUCAAGAUUAUUCAAAUCCUUCUGAAGUACAAAUUUGACAUCUCCAGGGAAAGUUACAAGUUAUUGCAAGACCACUUGUCAGCAGAUAUCCAUGAUUUUGAUGAGUGAGGUUGGGAAGAACAUACUUAUGCUGCAAUGACACACUUGUUGAAGACCUGCCUUGCAAAAUCCUCAAAGGAAUCCAAUGCCAGUAAUGCAAGUAUUAAGAGGCUGACUGACACUGCAAAGCUGAAGAAACAUCUCACAAUCGUCUGUGAUAGAUUAGCUAGAGGAGGUGUGAUUUCAUUAUAAUUCAAUACGGGA